AUGUUCUGGUCGCCCAUGCUUCAGAGCUCAGAUAUCAGAUGGGACUCAGAGGAGGCCACCGGGUGCUGGAAGUAGCCUGCUAGCACUCUCAGAAGCGCACCUCUGACCUUGACAUCCCCGGAGCCAUAUCCAAUGCCUUCUUUUCUCCCUCGGCUCCGGCGCCCUUCGUCUCCGACGCAUUUUUUAGUCUCCAAGAAGAUGGAUGUUUCGGCGAGGAGCGUAUGAGGCGUUUGUACAUUGCGGCAGCCCUAGAGCGACACAGAGACACUUCGAAUUGAUAUAAAAUCCCUCUGCCUUAAAUGUCAGAAAGCGAAUGAUUUGUCUCCAUGUCAAAAACCUGGCCGUUUGGCGCUCUGGCUGUGAAGCCUUUAGCGUUUUUCGGCAGUGUACAGAGAUAGUGUACACAAGCGGGAACUGUACAGAACCGCUCAAUUUGUUGUGGUAUACGUACGGACGGAUGAAUUGACUGGCCUGUCUGUCUGUCUGUCUGUGUGCACGCGUGUGUGUGUGUCGCGUGUGUGUGUGUGUGUGUGUACGGUUGUGUUUAAACACAUGGUUUUGGCCUAUUGUAUCCACGCAUGGUUUUGGCCGGCGGUUGGUGCUGUGUCUCUCAUGCGUCAGUGGAGUGGGUCUGCUGCAUCCGUUUUACGGUCCACCAGCUCGCAGCCCUGCGGAUGACCAUGUUCGACGCCCUAGGCACCUCUGUGACGUUGCAGGUACAUAUUCGUUCACAAAGCACACUUCUAUCCAUGCAAUCACCACUCUCCCGUGUCGUGUGGAUGCAGUGUGUUCGGCGUGCCUUUUGGCCGUAGCUCAUCUCCCUGGUACGGAUCUCUACCAUACUCGCUCGUUGAGCCAGGACCAUAUUCACUGCUGGCUUGUGUUGCAUCGUAUGGUGUGCGCAGGUUGGUUUGUGUGGUGUGGUUGUGAGUUGGGUCGGUUGGUACACACGGGACGUGUCACUCACUACUGCUGGUACGUUACCUGCACCGGCGCCCACUUACGUGACGCUGCCCAUCCAUCACAUCGGUCUUUCUGUAUGGAUGGUGGUGCAGGGUGUGGGUCUGUGUUGUGUUUGGCUGGUCGCUUUGCACGGGGGCGUGUGAUUCACUACCAUUGGUAUGCUACGUGCACACACGCCUUCACACAUAUCGCUGCCCAUCCAUCACAUCUCUCUCUGUGUCUGGAUGGUGGUGCAAGGUGACCGUCUGA